AAACAAACCAUAAAAACUUAUAUAAAUGACCGGUUUCUAGAGGGUUCUUGGUCCUUAGCGUUGUAGGGGGAGAAAGGGAGUCUCUUUCCUUUCCUUCCUCUCUCUCUCUCUCUCUCUUCCUCUGUGUCUUUUAUUUUUCUCUCUCUUCUCUUCUUGAAAACUUUCACUUCCCGGAAAGAUGUGCUAAGGGUUCCGAGUUGCAGUUCCACAAAGAUGUAGUCCUAAGUCAUGUUUAUAAAAAUUUAGUCCUGUUUUGACGUUUAUAUCAUAGGUGGGUUUGGCUUGGUUUCAAGUUCUUUUGGUUCCUGGUUUUUGGUUUUAAGUUUUGUUGCUGUUGUUGUUGGUUAUAAUUUGUCGACAAGACAAGGACUCUGUUUUGAGUUGUUGUUGAUUUUGAGAUUGGGUUUGUUGGUUUGGUUUCGAAGAAUGGCAAAUGGAGAAGAGAAAAACAAUGAUUUUUAUGCAGUUUUGGGGUUGAAUAAAGAAUGCACUCCGACAGAGCUCAGGACUGCUUAUAAGAAACUUGCCCUGAGAUGGCACCCUGAUCGUUGCUCAGCUUCGGGAAAUUCAAAGUUCGUGGAAGAAGCCAAGAAGAAAUUUCAGGCCAUUCAACAAGCCUAUUCUGUUCUGUCUGACUCAAACAAGAGGUUUCUGUACGACGUAGGAGCUUAUGACAGUGAUGAUGACGAAAAUGGAAUGGGAGAUUUUUUGAACGAAAUGGCAGGGAUGAUGAGCCAGACAAAAUCUAAUGAAAAUGGAGGGGAAAGCUUCGAGGAACUACAGGAAUUGUUUGAAGAAAUGUUCCAAGCGGACAUUGAUUCAUUUGAGUCUACUGGUCAGUCCACUCCUUCCUGCUCUGCUUCAUCUUCGUUUGGGUCAUAUGGUGAAAGUUCCAGCUCCAACAAGCGGAAUUCCUCUGAAAUGAGUUCUGUGGAGACUAGGCUGGAGAGUUCUUCUAGCUUCGAUGCACAAUUUCACAGUUUUUGUCUCGGGUCAGGUGGAACACAGGCAAGAUAUCAAGCAACACAGAGGAGCCAGAGGAGGAAUGCGAGGAGCAGCCGGCGGUAGUAGACGGAGAAAUGGCAGGAAACAAAAGGUUUCAUCUGGCCAUGAUGUUACUUCCAACGACUGUGGCAUUUCUGCUUCAUGAUACACCAGUUUACUAAUUGAUUAAUGCCAAUUCAACCUUGGCCAACUUAGCGUAUUGACUUGACCAAACUAGGGAGCUGAAGGUGCAUCCUGUGCCAGAGGGGGAGGUUUUGAUUGUAAUGGACAGUGCCAAAGCGACAACAUCAGCACUAGCGGAAGCCAUGCAAUCGCGAGAAGAUUAAUUUGGCUCUUUUAAUUGAGCAUCGCGAAGAAACGGGGCUGCUAUUAGAGUUUUGCCUCAGUUGUAAUGGGUUACCAUUCUAGCUGUGGUAACCAUGUCAAUGAAUUUUCAUCUGUGGCUUUAUACUCUUUUUUAUUUUUGCCAUCUUGAGUACUCCGUAGUAUACAUUAAUUGAUGGGCUUCCAUUAAUCCUUGCCAGCACAUUUGGACUGUAAAUUCCCAUAGAUCGCUUGGUGUAUUAUCAUGUU